CACCGCUCGCCAGGGACGGAGAACCGAUAGUAGUCGAUAGGCGGACAGAGAACCAGAUGAUUGGCCUCGCAAUAAUGUAAAAAAUAAAUAAUUAUCUGUUUCCAAAUAAUCCAAAUUCCAAAUUCCUUGCACUACGAUCUGCCGUGCGUGUGUCUGUCGCCGUGAGUGUGUGCGGGCAGUUUCGUUUCGCGCCCCCCCUAGCGAGCACAGCUGAAAAUUAAUCAGGAAAGCAAAAAAGAAAAAUCCCCCAAACUGAAAAUCGAGUGAAAGUUUUCUCAUCGCCUUUGUUUUGUAAUUGUGAUUGUGAUUUUCCUGCCUGCUGCCAGCGCUCAUUACUGGCAAUAUUGGAUCGACGUCGAUAUAGUGUCGCUGCUGCGGGCGCGGGUGGCCGACGGCGCAUAUAGCAAAUACACCUUAUAGCUACUAUAGCUAUACUCGCGGGCCCUAUUGUGAUUGUUAUAUAUUUAAAUCGACUCGAUUCGAAUCAAAUCGAAUCGCUGUCGUGGUCGCAGUCGCAGUCGCGUUUUCUGAGACUGCUGCAAAAGGCCUUGCGAUUUUCUGCGCCAGGUACUGUGGGGAAGACGUCGAAGUGGUGUGGUGGAGAGGGGCGGUUGUGGGAUUUGAAUGGGAUGGCACGGGGCGAAUCCCAAUAAGAAACUAGCGCGAAAACUGACAUACCAGUGUACAUACGUGCAUGCAUACGUACAUCGCACGCGACACAUGCCAUACAUACACAAGCGAAUUAUAAUGGCAACAAACAAUUGCAAGCGACCCAGCAGUACCACUACCACCACCACCUCCACCACUACCACCACCACCACUACUACCAAUACCAGACCCUAUCCAAUCCCAUCCCGUCCCAUCAAAUCCAUUCCAAUCCAAUCCCAGGGACCGAGAACCCGAAGGCUGACUGUGACGCCAGUGGGGGAAAUGGAGCCAAGGCAGACGUACAUAUCCGUGGAUGUAUCUGCGAAUUAUGUCUCAGGGUCAAGGACACGGCUUCUGCCUCGCUAACCGUUGUUUGACCUUAUUAACGAGUCGGAAAUUGUGGAUUCGCCCACCGUAGAUGGGGACACCCUUUCUGUACGCUUAUAUAUGGUAUAGUAUCUUAGAUGAUUCCUUGGUAGGUAGUUGACACGCAACUACGCAGUGAUAUAGUCUUUGUACUUUGCAAAAUAAGUCAAGCUUUCAGACAAUCUUUAUCGCAACAUCGCAUCAACUCAAAUUUCGUUUCCAGACGUCCAAGCCGCUGCUCAACGAGAAAAUCUUCCGUGUGAGUCCAGCCCAGGAGAGCUGCACCGUUGCAGAGGAGGCGGCUGCCGUCGAAGUGGCCGUAAUGUCGCCCACACCCUCGUCCACGUGUUACUCGCUCCAGCCGCAGAACCAGGCACGGCAGAGCAACGUGGCGGACAGCAAAAAGUGGCCCUGCAAGGUGUGCACCUAUCUCAAUUGGCCGCGGAGCUUGCGGUGCGUCCAGUGCUGCACGAAGCGCGGCGGAGAGACCAUAGAGCGUGGCAACAAGGACAUGGAUAACGAGGCAGACGCGGAUCGGGCAGGAGAGGCGCUGCAAGCCCUUCGCAUCAGCGGCUCGGAGGAAAACCUAGCCAAUAAGCCAGGACAGCUCAUCGGCGCCACGGCCUCCAAUCUGGCCGAAAACUGGCCGAGGAGCAUCAAGUGCUCCAUGUGUGGCAAGACGAGGGAGCGGAAGAUUAGUGGGUCGCAGAACGACCGCAGCAGCCAAACGUGGAUACCGUCAGCGUCAAUAACUCGUUCAAUAAGAAGCACAUUUACCAACUGGGUUCCUCGGAAACCAUCAACAACUGUGAUACGCUGCAAGAGCGGCAGGAGCGCCGCCAGCGUCAAAUCCGACGACAGGUGGACUGGCAGUGGCUGAAUGCCUGCCUGGGCGUCGU